ACGUCAUGUCGCCUAGUGGUAAAGCUGCCGCUGUAGGCGUGCUAAUGGCCUCGUUCCUGCUCUGGCUGUGGCUCUACGACGCUCAAGAAACAGAGGACGAGGUCGCUGAGUGGCUGGAGCAGCUGGGGCUCCUUCACCUCCGAGGACACAGCCCCUUCAAACAUUUGAGCAGUCUGGAGGAGCUGGUCAGAGUGGACCUGGACUCCCUGCCUGAGGCCCUGCAGUGGUCCUCCUCUCUCCCAUGUCCUCAGCCAGGGACUCCGGCUGCUGGAGCUGAGACUGUGGCUGCGGGAGGGGGAAAUGGAGGACCUUCUGCCCCAGCUCCUGGAGGCCGGGCACUCCUCCAUUCACAGUCUGCUGGCUCUGGGUCCUUACGACGUCAAGAAACUAGCCAGCCAGCUCUCACCUGCAGAACAAGGAGAGGUUUUCCGAGAGAGACUUCGCCACAAUAUCUCCACAGCUACCUCGGAUAACUCCAUCAGUAUUCUGUGGCAUCUACUGCAUACCUUUCUCUCCGUUCUGUUUGUAGUCAUCAUCUUCACCAUUGCUCUCAUGGCCUUGUGUGUUUGGGUUGUUCUGUCAGGGGCAAGGUCCGUGCAGGAGAGGGUUAACUGGGCAGCUGCAAUGAGCCCCGGGCAGCAGGGGGUUAACCGGGAAACUAACCGACUCCGCAACUCGCCCUGGCUGAGUGAGAUUCUGUCUCGAAUGAAUGGAGACACGCAGGCUUCUCGGACGACUCACUUGCCAGAGGUUGAGGAGGAGGAGGAGGAAGAUACUCCACGUGACAUGUCUGGUGGAGCACUGGAUCCAGAUGGUUGUAGACUGGAGUGGAACCAUGACGAUCGCGCUGUAGUUGGUACUUCAUCAGUUGCAACACUUCAUCUUGUCCGUCGCAACUUUGCUCCGUAUGAGAGACAGAGAUCGGAUCGAGUGAGGAUAACUGUCACCCACACACCCACCGGGACACUGGUCCCCCAUCGAGUGGAGCCAGCCACGCCCAGCCAGCUCCGCCUCUCGUUCUCAACCCGUCAGACAGGGACUUACUCGCUCCACGUCAGGCUCAAUGGGCGGAGUCUCGCUGGGACCCCAGUCAACAGAACCUUCCUUCCAGAGAGAAGAAGAGGGAGUUGGGGGUUGUUGAGUGUGUUUGAAGACUGUCUGAGGUUCCUCCUUCAACCACCUCCCCACCAACAGGGCCAGACUCCGGAAUGUGAUCCCGGGAGGUGUCGGCUGGAAUGGAACCAGGACGACGGAGCUCCAGUGGGCGGGGCAUCUGUAGUGACCCUUCUUCUGGUGUCACGGGACUCCGCCCCCUACAAGAUGAGGUCAUGUGACACCCUGACUGCCACUAUUAGACACACCUCCACCAAGACAGUGGUCCCCCAUGUGGUGGAGCCAGCCCCGCCCACUAAUCACAGCAAGCUCCGCCUCUCGUUCUCAACCCGUCAGACGGGGACUUACUCGCUCCACGUCCAGCUCAAUGGGCGGAGUCUCGCUGGGACCCCAGUCAACCGAACCUUCAUUCCAGAGGUUAACAAAAUUUCAAACAUAUGUUUGAGGCACGUUUGGAGAAUUUUGAAGUCCAGUAGAUCCUGCCAAGACCAGUUUCCCAGAUCAUCCCCAGUGGCUGGUGGUGACAGCUGGGACCUACCACUCCAUGACCGUCGUCCCUAGAGACGCCUAUGGCAACGCCGCCACAAUACAACAAGACCACCUCACUGUCAACAUCAGGAAGGGAGGGCCAGAAGGAGAACUGGUCAACCCAGAGUGUGUGGUGGGGAGAGUUCCCAACACAUCUCAGUAUGAGUUGCUCCUGAAGGUGGAGACCUCAGGCCACUACAUUGGCUCCGUUCUCUACAAGGGUCAGAUAAUAGGGCCUCCUCAGUUCACCAUCAUCUCCCUGACACCCAACGAGGCAGCCACAGUCAACAAGAGCAUCACCAAGAGGACUGUCAACCUUUACUACGAGGCCUCGGUAGCCAGUGACGGUCGACACAAGAAGGUCUUCUGCUACCUCUCCCCCAAGCAACUCCAGGUCAGAGAGUACUACCUAAAGUUCAUUCCCUACCGAAUCUACACCUGCAAAGUCUGCCCCUCCACCAGCAUCCACCCUGGGUGUUGGAGGAGGGAGAGUUCACAGUGGACGAUGGUACCAGGCACCCCUAUCACUUCGGUCCAGACAAAGGGAGCUCAUCAAUCGCUGCCACAUACUACAAAUACGCUUCUCAGGAACAUUGGUAUAGCAUUUUGGGGAGAGAAAAGUUUAUAAAUGACCAGAUUGCAGCGAAACCUUAGCGAAUUCCUGGAGUAUCCUUAAUAUUUAUCUUCUCUUUACUAGUUUCUCCUAGAUACGGAUGUUUUCUUAUUUUUGCGGAAUCCAAAAAUUUUUCCUGCUGGAAAGUUUUCUGGUGUUCUGUGUAGGAGGGUCGGAGCAGUUCCAGGACAAGAGGAAGUUCUUCAACUCGGAGCUGAGGAGCCACCACUCCAAGGACCUCGCGGAGAGAAACACCUCCACCAUCGACCGUUUCAACCUCCUGCAGAGUGCAAUGAAGGAGACUAAAGGUUUCAGUGCCUCCGACUGGCACAAGGCAUUCACAGUCACUUUCAUUGGAGAAGAAGCAUUGGACUGGGGUGGAGUGAGUCGAGAGUUCUUCCACCUCCUCUGCACCCAGUGUUUCAACUGUUCCAACGGAAUGUUCCGGAGGUUCAAGGACGACUCACAGGCUCUGGUUCAUCCAAAUCCUCACCAUCCUCCCACCGUCACACCUCACCACUAUCACUUUGCCGGUCGAGUGGUCGGCAAAUGUCUGUUCGAGAGUUCUCUCGGAACCAACCUCCACGUCUCGGCCCACUUCACCCGCUCCUUCCUCGCACAGAUCAUCGGCCUCCGCAUCAACUACAAGUAUUUUGAGAGUGAUGACCCAGAUCUCUACGUGAGCAAGAUACAGUACAUCAGAGAGAACGGUGUGAGUGACCUGGAGCUGGUCUUUGCAGAGGAGGAGUUCUCUGAAGAUGGCACAUGUCAGGGUGGUACCACUGGAGGAGGGAGGGGAAGAGAAACCGGUGACAGAUGAGAACAAGACACACUACCUCGACCUACUGGCUCAGUACAGGACUGGCCAAACAGACCAAGACACAGGUUGGAUGGAACACUUUGUGAAGGGUCUGCACGAUCUCAUUCCUGACAAUCUCCUGGGAUAUUUGACGAAAAUGAACUUGAGCUGCUAAUGUGUGGAACAGACGCGGUGAGCUACGACGACCUAAAGAAGCACGCGGUGGUGACUCCCAGCGCCAACACAAACUUCCAGAGAGUGGUCUCGUGGUUCUGGCUGGUUGUGAGUGGUUUCACUCGCGAGGAAAUGGCCCGACUCCUACAGUUUGUCACCGGGUCCUCUCAGCUACCUCCGGGAGGUUUCAAGGACCUCAGUCCAAAGUUCAGAUCACCUCUGCUCCCACCCACGGCCGCCUGCCCUCCGCACACACCUGUUUCAACCAACUGUGUCUCCCGGAAUAUGACUCCUGUGAACAGUUUCAAACGGCACUAACAUUGGCACUAAACGAAGGAACGGAAGGAUUUGGCUUCCUAUAGCAGCAUUGCUUGUGUGUGUUUUAUGUGGGCACGUGCUUUUCACGUGUUAGAUUUUUACGCAUGCGCAGCUCUUUAUUAAAGAUUCGCCCCUCGGUCGAUCCCGUAAAAGCGGUGUUUGCAAAAAGGAGGCAGUUCAACUGGUGAAGAGAGAUGGGUCAAGUCAAGCUGCACCCGUGCGGGCACUGCCUGCGUUUCACCCUCAUCAUCUGGAACAUCCUAGUGGCGAUGAUCGGAGUUGCAGCUCUGGCUGUAGCCCUGCUGGGCAUUAUUGGAGCUAUUGCCCUGUCCCGCAUACUUAUUGGACUGUAUGCUGUGAUCAUUGUCAUCUUUAUCGUCCUCGAACUGGUCAGCGGAAUCCUCGGCUUCGUCUUCAGAAGCAACCUGGAGUCCACGGUGACUGACAAUGCCGAGGAAGCCAUCCGUGGCUACCAGAACAGUACUGCUGACAGGAGUAUUAUUGAUCGAAUUCAGGACGAAGUGAGUUAUCCAAAAGAGAGAGGAGAGAGAAACAGAGGCAGACAGAAACAAGGGAAGGCCGGGAGAGAGAGAGAUACGGUUGCCGGGAGGAUGGUACUUGAUUUCCUGGAAAGGUACCAGCUGGUGUUGGGAUCUAUUGGAAUUGUGUUUGCCGUGAUCCAGAUUGCAGUGGUGGUGAUCUCCAUCAUCCUGUGUCUCUGCAUCCACAAAGCACAACGGGAAUACACUACUGUUUAGGACGACCCAUCAUUUUAUUACUGAACCUCUACAAUACAUUAAUUGUCUUUACCUACAGCCCCUAAUCGUUGCAUGCCCUUAUGUUAUGACGUAUAAUUAUAGUACUUUUAGCCACUAUUAUGAGUGUUUUGUACAAGCUGCAAUUAAUGUGAAAAUAUCACGCUGCUUUUUUCCACUCAUGUGGUAUGUAUAAUUCUGUAUGAGUGAAAACGUGAGAGCGUUGAGUCGAGGGCAACACAUCACUAUAAACAACGUUCUACAUUAAUACAAUGUGGGAGAUGGUGGAGAUGGGAAGG